AUGGGCAUUCUAGCAGAGAUGAAAAAAGGUCUCUUAACAAACUCUUACCAAAUUUUUCAAAGUCCAAAUUCUCCCCUUCUUAUCGGCAUUCAUGCUAGACACGGGAUUGAUUUAACUAUGCAUCAGAGGAAUCAGCGUUAUGGACAUACUGUGGCUACCUCUGAAUAUUACAAAAACGCUAUGGAAUUUUUUACAAAAAAAAUUAAAAAUAAUUUGAUAAUAUUUUUGGUUAUUUCUGAUAAUAUGUCUUGGGCAAAAAGAAAUAUUGGAGGAAUUGAAGGAAAUGAAAGAAGAAUAUUAAUCAAAUACCAAAAUAGCGGCUAUAGAGAGAUUGAUAUGGCUGUGUUAUCUAAAUGUAAUCAUUUAAUAAUCUCUACUGGAACUUUUAGUUGGUGGAGUGCUUAUCUGUUACGGACAAAGACGAAUAAUUCAAAAAUUAUUUAUUUUGGUGAUUGGCCAAAGAAAGGGUCUUUGUUGGAAAGGAUAGUUGAAAAACGAGAUUAUUUUUUACCUUCAUGGAUCCCAAUGAAAUAA